GUGUUUUUGUGACAGUGACGUUCUGUUUACAUAAUUGUGUAAUUUUUUCUAAAUUUAGUUGAAAAAGAAUAAAGAUAGCAGAUUAAACGUUACAAAACAUUAAAUCUAUAUUCCUCAAGGUACAAAAAGUUAUUUUUUAAAAGAAAAAAGCACUUGAACGAGAUGUCAACGAAGAUAGGAGAGAAUAUUCAAUCAGAACAAAUGACAUGCAGAACAAGAGGAGCAAAAUAAUAAAAUUAUCAAGGUGGACCUGGAAUUUUGAUAGAGGCGUCGUUUCAAGUCUUUUAAAGGGGCUCUAGUCGCAUGCACCAAUUUCAGCUGCCCAACGUGUUUGCAGGGAGAGCAACUCAUAAUACAAGGCUAUGAUGUCUUUGUUGUUGGCAUCGGCAUGGGAACGCCUGGCGACAAAUGCCGCCGCCCCGCAUCCGAAGCAGGUGAAAGAGAAGGGGGGACUGGGGGUGCGUCGGGGUCCUCGGUGGCGCCCCCUUCAGCAGCAUCGGUAGUAAAAGAGGAGCCUCCUGCCUCGCCGGCCGCUGCCACCGCCCACCUGGCAUCGUUGGCCACGCCUCCUGUCCAUUCGCUGGCGUUGUCUCCGCCUAUCGCGGCCAAGCCGGUGUUUGGAGGCAUCCUGCCGUCGCCCGUGGGUCCCCACGUGUCGACGUCAGGGAAACCGAUUGCAUUUGGUGCCAUUCAACAGGAUCCAACAUUGCAACUGGGGGAGCAACAGCCUCGCACUAUCGAGGACUACUUUCAGCAGUCGAAGUUCUAUCUGUCACCGCCGGGGGCGGUAACAGCAACAUGCACAUCGCCAUCUACCGGCUCCGCGCAUCAACAGGUGGAAACGACCACGAGCGCGCGUCCGAGCACGAGCGCCAGUGUGGACCAACCGGGGCCCUCAGGGCUACAGCAGCAGCAAAAGUCCGGUGUCGGUGGUAGAGGGCGCCACCAUAAACACAGAUAUCAAGGCACAUCGCAGUGGCCGUACGUAUGUCAUAACUGUCACCGGUCGUUCUCAUCGCAGGAUAGGCUCACAAGGCAUCAGCAGACACAUUCAGGAUCAUGUCCAUUCAAAUGUGAGCAGUGUAAGAAAAUCUUCACGUCGAAAUUUAAGCUGGUCCGACACGCCCUUAUUCAUUCAGAUCGAAGGCCAUUCAGCUGUUCCGUUUGCGACAGGACUUUCCACAGAAAGGACCAUCUCAAGAACCACGUUAAGGUGCACAGCCCGCAGAAGGAAACGUAUGUCUGCAAUCAGGAGGGAUGUAAGAAGCAGUACACGUCCUACCUUUCGUAUCGUAAGCACUUGGCUGUCCACGCUGCCGAAUCCGGCAACCUCACAUGUCAGAUUUGCUUCGAAUCCUCCUUCACCACCAAAGAAGAGAUCCUCUAUCAUUUGAAGAUUCACGCGGGCAGUCGCACCGUUAAAAAUCCGGCGGAGAAAAAGUUCACUUGCGAUUAUUGUGACAGGAAGUUUUUCACGAAGAAGGAUGUGCGUCGGCAUCUUGUGGUACAUACAGGCAUGCGCGACUUCCUAUGCCAGUUCUGUCCGCAACGUUUCGGCCGCAAGGAUCACCUGGUGCGCCACAUCAAGAAGUCGCAUCACAAACAGCAGAAAGAGGAGACAUCUACGAGCACUUCCACAGCCUCCAUAGAAUCGCCUCAAGUGAAAGUGGAAAGCGCGGAACAGCUACAACAACAAGGAACUGCGGGAGGAGCUAAAGCAGAACUGGUACAUGCUAUACCUCCUGAGACGAUGCUGCAACAGUAUCAUCAUACGUUGGUAGAGGAGUUUGGUCUGAAGAUAUUCGAUGAGGAUUUUCCGGCUUUUUUAGGUGGUACCGAGGGUGGCGAGAGCAGCGGCGACACAAGCGCAGGCAGCAUUUUCCUCCCCUCCACCUCUCAACCGCUCGAAGAACUCAAAGACCUGGGCGAAGGCGUCUUGGAAGAGAUCGUAGGUCCCUCCAGUAUCCCAGAAGAGAUCGCGCCUGCUGUCGCUGCUGUAGGCGAGGCGGAAGAAGAACCAGGACCGUCAACGUUUCCCCCUCAUGCCGGGGAAGUGCUGUUGGACAGCCCGCAGUUGUUCCGGAGACUGUUGGAGCCGACCCAGGAGAAGAACAUGCCGUUGCCCGGAUUCAAGCAAACCUUUCAGCAUUCUCAACAGCAACAGCCUCCCUCGUCUUCUGGGAGGUCGUCGAGGCAUCAGCAACCCCCCGCACCGCCGACGUGAGGAAAAAGUUUCGAUUUGUGCCAGCAGAGUGGGAGUUCAAUCGAGAGAAAAUGUUACAGUAAAGAAAUAUAAAGGUGCGUUUUUUAUUAUGAUUUACCUCUAUGCAAAAGAUUUCUUUUUAAAACACAUUUUUUCAGGUAUUUUUGGAACACCCUGUAUAUAAAAAAAACAAAUGCCAAACUAUCUUGAAUUCGAGUCUAACUGAAUAACUCUGUAACAAGUUAAGCACCUUUCUCUUUUAAAGAAUUUCAGUUCCUUUCUUCAGAAAAUUAACACAAUUGAACUUUUGUCUGUUGAGUACUCUUUUUCUAGUAAGAUAUUCGAGUCGCUUCAUCAUCGACUGUUAAAAACAUUUAUUGUCUCAUCUAAUGCUGCAUCCAUUAAACAUGUCCACUUGUAGGUUACUUUAAAUUGUGCCCUUAUUUUGUAGCUCACUGGGGUUAAAAUUUGUAUAUACCUCAGGCUUAAUAAAUGUUUAUGUCCCGUGGUAUCUUGAGCCGACUUUACGCCUAGAUACAUAAACUGCACGAUUAACGGAUUUUCUUAGAAAUCAGUCUGAUCAAAUCAGGAUGUUUCUCGGCUGUACGACCACCUAGAUGUUCUCAUCACUGGAUGUAUCACAAUAGUGAAUUUAAAAACUCACCCUAUAGCUACUUUCUGUCACAAUGCGUUUCAAAAUAUUUAUCCGAAUUACUUUUAUUGAUGUGGUCUUAUAGGUGCAACAUAUGCAGUUAGUUACCAUGUAUACUUUAUACAGGGCGUUCAAAAAAUAGACGGAGAUGUUUUAGAGGGUGAUUCCUUGUUGAAAAAUAUGAAAAAAGUUUCUAUUGACAUACCGUACCAUGGUUUUUAAGAUAAAUUUAAAAACAAAUAAUAUAAAGAAUAUUUGCUCGAUUCUGUUGAAAUUUGGCAAUAUUAUUUUUUGUAUUAAUAUGCUAAUUUAGCCCAAAAUAGAUAAAAAUUAUUAGGUCCAGUAGCGUCCCGGGGGCACCUUAGCGAAUAUUAUUGGCAAAAAAAUGUACGUCAUUGCAUUUUUUGUAACUUUAAUAUUUGUUGUUUGAUUAUUCAUCUAAAAAUAGAACUUCUUUGCCUUUUGUAUUUUUUUCGUAUCUCACGUUGUCUUCGAGAAAAAAAAAAUAAAAACCGUUUUAUUGCCUGUCACUGGACAAAAUUGGUUUAUUUAUUUUUACUAAAAAGUCACAAUAAUAAUUUUAAUCUAUUUAGGGCUCGAUUAGCCUCUUAAUACAAAAAAUAAUAUUGCCAAAUUUCAACAGAAUCGAAUAAAUAUUUUUUAAGAUUUUUUAAAUUUAUCACCCUGUUUCUUAAAAACUCCACAUCUCCGACUCAUGUUUAUGGAAACUUUUUUUCAUAUUUUUUAACAAGGAAUCACCGUCUUAAAUACCUUUGUCUAUUUCUCGAACACACUGGUUUUCUUGUUUUUUUGUCAUUUUCUAAAUGUCACCUUCACAAGGAUCAUGAGCCUUUAUUUUUAGAAGUUUUGUUGACGCUGAUUGACAUAGGUUGACAAGUGAUUUGGAUCCUGUUUCCAUGGAUGCAGCAUUAUCUGUGAUCAAACGCUACGGUUGAAAAGUGCCUUGUAAAAGAACGAGCCCCUUGUUUUCUGCGUUCUGCUAUGCAACUGCGUAAAGUUGUGCUAUUUUUCUUUUUUUUUCAAUUAAUUUACGCAACAUUCUCUCCGUUUUAUGUGUUCACCUUUAAAUAUAAACAGCAUCUAAUAUUCUUACAUCAGAUAUUUUACAUUAAAAGAGGGGCAAACACCUAACAAGAAAAUUCAAAAUUUUAACAGUAUGCUGCUGGAAAUGAAUGAAAUCAGCGACCUUAGGACCUCUACAUACGAAUCUUGAGGUGUUAAUGAAAAAUUAGCGUUUCCUUUUCGAUAAAAACCAAUAUUUAUCGGUUUAUUUAAUCAAUUCUUUAACUACUUUUGACAAUGCUUAAAACAGUUGACAGUUGAUGGCAGCAAUUACCAAAUGCUCUUUUUAAAAAGCAAAAUAAGGUACAAACGUUUAUAUUUUGUGCAGUUGUGGUUGAUACCUUUUUAAACGACAUAGCUCUAAACAAUUAAACAUUGCCUCUGUUAUGUGUUUGAAAAGUCCAGUUCAGUUACUUCUGUGUAGGCAGGUAAGACAACAACAACUACAAUUUAAAUGGUGACUUUUUAUUAUGAGUUGACUCACGCAAAUUGCAAUGAACAAAUGACAGCGGAAAGACAUUCAAUGUGGCGCGGGUUGUAUUGUAUCGUUCGGAAAUUUCGAAAUUCAGAUACGACUUAUAUGAUUUUUUGUCGAUCGUUUCUCAAAAUUAAUCUAUAACGUAUAAAUAAUGAAAUAUCGGUAAUGGGUUUGCAUGUCCUAGGCUACAGAGUCGUAUUACAUUCCUAUAUGGAACCAAUUCCACCUAGAAUUUCAUAUAUUGGAAGUAUUGGACCCAGAAAAAAUAAUUUCUUUAACUUGAUUUUUUGGCAAUGAGGUAGUCUUACAUUAAGAAUGAAACGAUAACAUUCUCACCAAAUUUUAUUGACAAGUAAUCAGACAAAAAAUUAAUAAUGUGUUGGACAACCCCGCAGCUGAAUACACUCCUGUAUACGUCUAGGCAUCGACAAAAUGAGGUGAUAGAUGUUUGGUUGUGGAACCUCAUUCCAAGUAACUCGAACUUCGUGGAUUAGCUGUGGCAGAGUGUGUGGCGGAUGGUGCAAAGUGGUUAGUCUCCUCCCCCUCCGCACAUGUUCGAUGGGGUUUAAAUCCGGCAAAACAUUAGCGCCUGGUUCUUGAAGGAACUCCAUAGUACGACGAGCAAUAUUGCCCUUCUACGACCAUCGUGCGUACCUAGACAGAAUCGCGACUCGUCGCUGAAGAUGACAUUAAGCUAUUCUGCCUCCCAAUAUUGCCGUUUCUCUGCUCCAAUUCCAACGUCGUCGACAGUGGUCCGCAGUCAGAGGAAGCACUAACCGUGGAUAGUAUGAAAAAAGUCCAAAGACUCGAAUGCGACGGUAGAGUGUACGCAUAACAGGUCUACGUUCCUCUCCAAACUAUUGGUCAGCGAUCUGUGGCAAAACGGUCUGGUAGGGCUAGUUCACACGACUCACCCGCAUUACCGUGAUUGAAGUACAAUUAACACGGCGACCAAUUUCGCGAUGGGACAAACCAACAUCUCGAUAGACAAUAAUUCUACCCCUGUCAAAGUUGUUAACAUGGUGAUGGUUUGGACGUUUUCGGACCCGAGGCAUUUUGUUAAUAAAGAUAAACAAAAACAAAGAUAAAACGUUAAUGCCACAGCAUGUUUUAAAUUUAGUCAUCAUUUUGCUAAAACAACAAGCUGAAGAAACUAUUUUUUCUGGCAUAUUUUCAGCAGCAAACUUGGUUUUUAGAUUUUCUUGUUGGUACUCGCCACCUUAAAAAGUUUCUAUUGUCCGUUACCAAGUAACGUACUAAUUUUGUUUUUGUUGUAAAAACAAAAAAAAAACUACCUCAUUACACGUAUAACAUACAUAUGUUGAUAGUAUUAUAUAUAAUAUAAUAAUUUUAUGUAGUACAAACAGGCUUAUACAAGGUAUAAAAAAUAUUUUGUUAAUAUUUUUUCACACCUCGUAUUGAUAUGUUGCAAUGAUUGUAAGAAUGAUCUAAAAGAUCAGAAUGUAUAUU